AUGCGACGCAAGUACAAGGUGCUGCGCAACGUCCGCAAGCCCACUGGUGACCCAUCCUGUCCACAUGACGUCGUACGUGCCAAACGUAUCAACAGCAUGAUUGAGUCCCGCAUGUCCGUUGCCGAUUUGGAGUCCGACAACAACAACGAAAGUGAUACAAGCUCCCACCCAAGCGACCCGACGUCCAGAAGCGAACCAUCGACACCUCAUGCAGCCAUCUGUGCUGCUCCCGCCGUGCAUAGUGCCACCGUGUUUGCAACUCCACGAACUGGGCUUAGCCCAACAGAGCUCGUCGCUCUGUCAAGCGCUGCUCCUGCGACUGUGUUGAGUCAGACCGCUCAGCGACGACGCCGGAUCGACGAAAUUCUGACGGAUUCAGCGGAAAACGAGGCAAUCAAGAGACGCCUGAUUUUCGAACAACGGGAUGCUCGGCAGGCAAUGUUCGAGGCCAUGGUAGCCAUGGAAGCGGCGAGAGAAGAGCGUGAACGUACCGAGUACAACUCACGCGCCGCCCAAGAGUCCGGGUGGAUCCCUCGCGAUGUUGACAGCAUGCGACGCAAGUACAAGGUGCUGCGCAACGUCCGCAAGCCCACUGGUGACCCAUCCUGUCCACAUGACGUCGUACGUGCCAAACGUAUCAACAGCAUGAUUGAGUCCCGCAUGUCCGUUGCCGAUUUGGAGUCCGACAACAACAACGAAAGUGAUACAAGCUCCCACCCAAGCGACCCGACGUCCAGAAGCGAACCAUCGACACCUCAUGCAGCCAUCUGUGCUGCUCCCGCCGUGCAUAGUGCCACCGUGUUUGCAACUCCACGAACUGGGCUUAGCCCAACAGAGCUCGUCGCUCUGUCAAGCGCUGCUCCUGCGACUGUGUUGAGUCAGACCGCUCAGCGACGACGCCGGAUCGACGAAAUUCUGACGGAUUCAGCGGAAAACGAGGCAAUCAAGAGACGCCUGAUUUUCGAACAACGGGAUGCUCGGCAGGCAAUGUUCGAGGCCAUGGUAGCCAUGGAAGCGGCGAGAGAAGAGCGUGAACGUGUACGUACCGAGGAACGUGUUCAACGAGAAGAAGCUAUUGAUGCGGCUCGUCAGGAACGACAAAACAAGAUGGAUCAAGUUCUACUUGCAAUUUUGGCAAAGCUUGUGGACAAGUAG